AUGGAGGCCCUGCAGAGGCAGCAGGCGGCCCGACUGGCCCAGGGGGUGGGGCCAUUGGCCCCUCCACGCCCACCACCGCCACCACAACUUCCCUUGCCUGGCCCCCGGACCCUGCAGGCCCCUAAGGGGGCCUUGGGGGAGGUUGGGGCUGAGGAAGAGGAGGGUGCUGAAGAGCAUGAGGAGGGAGAGGAAACUCAGGCAGAGGAGGUGGCAGCCGAGGAGAGCCGUCCAGGACCCCGGGGCCCCAGCUCACCUUCCAGCCAGCCACCUGGACCGCAUGCCCAUGAGUGGACCUACGAGGAACAGUUCAAACAGCUGUACGAGCUCGAUGCAGACCCCAAGAGGAAGGAAUUUCUGGAUGACCUGUUUAGCUUCAUGCAGAAGAGGGGGACGCCAGUGAACCGCGUGCCCAUCAUGGCGAAGCAGGUGCUGGACCUGUACGCGCUGUUCCGCCUGGUGACGGCCAAGGGCGGCCUGGUGGAAGUCAUUAACCGCAAGGUGUGGCGGGAGGUCACGCGCGGCCUCAGCCUGCCCACCACCAUCACCUCGGCCGCCUUCACUCUGCGCACCCAGUACAUGAAGUACCUGUACCCGUACGAGUGCGAGACGCGGGCGCUUAGCUCCCCGGGGGAGCUCCAGGCCGCCAUCGACAGCAACAGGCGCGAGGGCCGUCGGCAGGCUUACACCGCCGCCCCGCUCUUCAGCUUGGCCGGGCCGCCCCCUCGGGGCUCUCUGGGCCCCGCCUCCGGGCCCGGUUCGGCCCCGCCCGCGCCCCCGCCCGGACCUCGCCCGGCCCAGGGCUCAGCCUCCGGCCUGCCGGCGCACGCUUGCGCGCAGCUGAGCCCGAACCCCGUUAAGAAAGAGGAGAGCGGAAUUCCAACCCCUCGACUGGCACUGCCUGUGGGCCUGGCCUUGGGACCUGCACAGGAGAAGUUGGCACCAGAGGAGCCCCCAGAGAAGAGGGCUGUGCUGAUGGGACCCAUGGACCCACCUCGACCUGGCGCACCCCCCAGUUUCCUGCCCCGUGGCAAGGUUCCCCUGAGGGAAGAGCAGCUGGAUGGGCCUCUCAAUCUGGCGGGCAGUGGUAUCAGCAGUAUCAACAUGGCCCUAGAGAUCAACGGGGUGGUCUACACUGGCAUCCUCUUUGCCCGCCGCCAGCCUGUGCCAGCUUCCCAGGGCCCAACCAACCCUGUACCCCUGCCCCCUACAGGGCCCCCUUCCAAUGCCUCACCCUGA